AUGUCCACCACACCCACAACAACCCGCCAAUGGCUCCUCACCCGGCAGCCCACCGGCGCACCCAUCCUCUCCGGCCCAUCCGCCACCUUCAACCUCGUCACCGCUGAGCUCCCCCCACUCCAAGACGGCCAGGUGCUCUGCCGCGUGCGCUACAUCUCCAACGACCCGGGCCAGCGCGGCUUCAUCGGCAUUGGCGUCGCCGACGAGCGCAUGUACGUGCCGCCCGUCCACGUCGGCACCCCCAUGCGCGCCGGCGUCAUCGCCGACGUCCUCGAAUCGCGCGAUCCUUCCCUCCAGCCGGGCCAGACCGUCAUGAACCUCCACCUGGGCCUGUGGAGCGAAUACGUCGUCCUCGCCGCCGCGGACUGCCAGCCGCUGGCCCCGCUGCCCGGCGGGCUGCCCGUCACGCACUUCCUGGGCGCGCUCGGCGCCCCCGGGCUCACGGCGUAUUAUGGGCUUGUGGAGGUGCUGCAGGCGGGAUCGCAGCACAAUACGCUCGUUGUUAGUGCGGCGGCUGGCGCGACGGGCAGCAUGGUUGUGCAGAUUGCGAAGAAGUUGCUCGGUGUCAAGCGGGUCGUUGGUAUUGCGGGUGGCCCUGCCAAGUGCGCGUGGGUGCGCGACCGCCUCGGCGCCGACGCGUGCGUCGACUACAAGAGCGCGUCGUUCGCGGACGACCUGGCCGCCGCGACGGAGGGGUUUGUGGAUUUGUAUUUCGACAAUAUCGGCGGCGCGAUAUUGGAUGCGGUGCUGCCGCGCAUGCAGCGUGGCGGGACUAUCGCUGUUUGUGGCGCUGUGUCGACGUAUAAUGAUGCGGAGCCGAUGGGGUUGAGGCACUGGAUGGAGGUUGUUAGUAUGCGGUUGCAGCUGAAGGGGUUCGUGCUGCUGGAUUGGAUGGAUCAGAUUCCGCGGGCGAUUGGGGAGCUGGUGACGGCGGUGGUGGAGGGGAAGAUCGUGCUGGGUGAGGAGCAUGAGACGGUGAUUGAGACGGGGAUUGAGGGCGUGCCGGAGGCGUGGAUGAAGUUGUUUGAGGGCGCGAAUAGGGGGAAGUUGAUUACGAAGUUGGUGUAA